AUGACAAACUUCAGUGGCAGCAAUAUGGUUCUCGAGACAAUAACUCUCGAAGGAUACGAUGCGUUGAAGAAGGUUUUGGAUGGUUCGAAAACUCGAACUGCCAUUCUUUUCACAGGAUCCAAAGACACUUCAGGCAAAAGCUGGUGUCCAGACUGCGUUGCUGUAAUCGAAUCGCUGUCGGCAUCGUCUUUCGCUGCACAAAACAACGUUCGUUUUGUGGAGUGCCGCGUGGGUCUACGUGAAUAG